AUGGUGUUGAGAAGCGGAGCAGGCAGUAGUCUCUGCUGUAUCCCUCGACUUGUCUUCAUGGGGCAUAGGACAACAGUCAACGUCCACGACACUGACCAAAUUUAUGUGCGACUCCAAGCAGACAUGGACCCACACCAUCCAGAUCAGGACAUAGAUGGGGUGGGGAUUGGCAUCCCAGUCCAGGAGUUCUUUGUUGGCUGUCCAGAGUUGCAGCCGGUCAUCUUUGCUCUGAUCCUCACCAUGUUCCUGGUCAACCUGUCUGGAAAUAGCCUCAUCAUCACAGUCGGCUGGACGGACCCCAAGCUACAUAUCCCCAUAUAUUUGCUACUCAGCCAGUUCUCCUGCGUGGACAAGGCCUUUGCCUCCAUCACUGUCCCACAGUUCGUGGUUCACACUUUCUCUAAGCAUAAAGCCAUCCCUUAUGGCAGCUGCUUUGUUCAGAUGACUUUCUUCCUGGCUGUGGGCAACAUGGAGGGCUACUUAUUGACUACCAUGUCCUAUGACCGCUAUGUGGCCAUCUGCAGUGCCCUGUAUGGCAUCCGGUUGUCCUUGUCGUCCUAUUGCAACAACCACAUCCUGCAAUUCUUCUGUGACAUCCCCUCCCUUGUGCCGCUUGCCUGCCCCAAGCCCUUUCUCAACGACCUGGAGGUUUUCACCGAGGGCAUCGGCGUGGUCAUCUCCCCUUUAUUCUUCAUCUUGGACUACUAUGCCCGCAUCGGGGCUGCUGUGCUAAGCCUGCGCUCAACUGCCAGCCUACGCAAGGCCAUGUCCACCUGUGGCUCUCACGUGCUAGUGCUGAUGCUGUUCUAUGGCACGGUGAUCCACCUGUACUUCCAGCCCCGCGGUCACUCCAGCCUGGAACAGGUCCGGAAAGUUGCCAUCUUCUACACCGUGGCAUCGCCCACGCUGAACCCACUCAUCUGCCCCCUGCAGAAUCACGAUAUCCAGGGGACUAUGCGCAGGCUUCUGAGGAAGGGCCUUCGGGGGCCCAGCUGA